CACCAGUUGGUGCCUGCUUGGACCUCGUCCCCGUGCUGGCCCACCCUUGCCCUGCUGCGGCUCCGGCGAGAGGGGCAGGCGGCGAGCAGCCAGGCCUAGUUCCAGCCCUCCGCUGCCGAUGGAGGCGGCCACCCUGCUCUCCCACGAGCUGGGCCUCCUCCUGCUGCCGCUCCUGGCCGUGUUGCUGAUGGCACUGUGUGUGCGCUGUCGAGACCUGCCAGGCUCCUAUGACAGCAGUGCCUCGGACAGUGUGACUACAGGCGGCUUGAUAAAACCAUCUGUCCCGCUCGCCCCUUGGCCACCGGUCUCUUCCUACCUGCCUGUUACCUCCUACCCUCCCCUGAGCCAGCCAGACCUGCUCCCCAUCCCGCGAUCCCCACAGCCCUCUGGGAGCUCCCACCGCAUGCCACCGCCCCGGCAGGACUCAGAUGGCGCCAACAGUGUGGCGAGCUAUGAGAACCAGGAGCCAGUCUGUGAGGACAAGGAUGACGAUGAGGAGGACCCUCACAACGAGGGCUACUUAGUGGUGCUUCCUGACAACAUCCCGGCCACAACCACCACGGUCCAGCCAGCUCCCGGGCCCAGCAACACCGGCCACCGAGACAGCAACUUCUCCAUGGAGUCAGGAGAAGAUUAUGUGAAUGUUCACGAGAGCGAGGAGAGCGGGGAUGCGUCUCUGGACGGGAGCCGGGAGUAUGUGAAUGUGUCUCAGGAGCUACAGCCCGCGGCCAGAACUGAGCCAGCCACCAGGGCUUCCCAGGAGCUAGAGGAGGAGGAAGAGGAACUUCCAGAUUAUGAGAACCUGCAGGAGCUAAACUGAGGGCUUGUGCAAGGCCAAGCCUGUGUGGGAACCAGCCUAGUCCAGGAGAGCUAAGCCGGCAGCCAUGUAAUGGCUCUGGAGGACCCCACGUGGCAUCCGCCCUGGCUCCAGCCUGACAACAGCCUGAGAAUUUUCCCUUAACUUAUUGUCACUUUGGGGUGCAGUCAGUGUGCCCCAGCCCUCUGCACCUUCUGAGAAUGAAUUACCCUGACCCCAGCCCUACUCUGCUAGAAUAAAGGCUGGCGUGGUCUGUAAGUGCUCUUGCCUCCAGGGGGCCUUUGGGCUGGGGUCAGGGGGAGAGUGGGAUGUCCUGGGGGCCUGUGUGUAUCUCCACCCCCCAUGGAGGGCCCCCUGCUCCAGGUACUACGUGUGUGGCUAGGUGGUGGCUGGCACGUGUCACCUUCUGAAUGUGGCAAGUCUGAGCCAGGCUGGCGCUCCUGGAACUCAGUGCAUCUCCCCGUGAGAUAGUGCAGGCUGGCUGUGAAGCGGGGAGAGCAGGUGUCGGGGAGCUUGGGGUAGAGAGCAGGUAUCUCACGCAAGACCCUGGCCCUUCAGUUUCUCAAGCUUUAAAACAAGGGGGUGAGCUUGAUGACCUCAAAGAACUUUUUGUGGCUCUCAGUAAAACCAAACUUAAAAAUCGUCCAAGUGCCCAAAAAGUGAAUGUGCAGCUCGGAGCUCU